CCCAGCGGGGCCAGGCGCUCCAGUCACUCGGAAGCGGGGAAACAGGGCAAGAUGGUUUACAUCUCGAAUGGACAAGUAUUGGACAGCCGGAGUCAGUCUCCAUGGAGAUUAUCUUUGAUAACAGAUUUCUUUUGGGGAAUAGCUGAGUUUGUGGUUUUGUUUUUCAAAACUCUGCUUCAGCAAGAUGUGAAGAAAAGAAGAGGCUAUGGGAACUCAUCUGAUUCCAGAUAUGAUGAUGGAAGAGGGUAUAGCUUUUUGUAUUGAUAAUAGUUAUUUUUA